GUAGCAAAAGUGCAGAGGAAGAGCAGCAAAAUACUCUGCUCUGGUCACAAGUGUUUGCUCGGGACACUCUUCAGCCCUCCAUUGUCCCUUCUCCCCAAGGGGCUCUGGGGCCUUUGGGAUUCCUGUCGAGUUCACUCAAAGGCCUGCAAGGACCUAACGCCACUCAGAACCACCCCCAGACUGAGCAUGACCCAGGAGGAGGCACUGCCAGACUCACAUUCUGCACAGGGCUUCUACGAGAACUAUGAGCCCAAAGAGAUCCUUGGCAGAGGAGUUAGCAGCGUCGUCAGGCGCUGCAUUCACAAGCCCACGUGCCAGGAGUAUGCUGUGAAGAUCAUUGACAUCACAGGAGGGGGCAGCUUCAGCUCUGAGGAGGUGCAGGAGCUGCGAGAGGCCACGCUGAAGGAGGUGGACAUCCUGCACAAGCUGAAGGACACUUAUGAGACCAACACUUUCUUCUUCUUGGUGUUUGAUCUGAUGAAGAGAGGGGAGCUUUUUGAUUAUCUUACCGAGAAGGUCACCCUGAGUGAGAAGGAAACCAGAAAGAUCAUGAGAGCCCUGCUGGAAGUGAUCUGCACCUUACACAAACUCAACAUUGUGCAUCGGGAUCUGAAGCCUGAGAACAUCCUCUUGGAUGAUGACAUGAACAUCAAACUCACAGACUUUGGCUUUUCCUGCCAGCUGGAGCCAGGAGAGAAGCUGCGAGAGGUCUGUGGGACCCCCAGUUACCUGGCCCCUGAGAUCAUUGCGUGCUCCAUGAAUGAUGACCACCCAGGCUAUGGGAAGGAGGUGGACAUGUGGAGCACAGGGGUCAUCAUGUACACCCUGCUGGCUGGCUCCCCACCUUUCUGGCACCGGAAGCAGAUGCUAAUGCUGAGGAUGAUCAUGAGUGGCAACUACCAGUUUGGUUCACCUGAGUGGGAUGAUUAUUCAGACACCGUGAAGGAUUUGGUUUCCCACUUCUUGGUGGUGAGCCCCCAGAGCCGCUAUUCGGCAGAAGAGGCCUUGGCACACCCCUUCUUCCAGCAGUAUGUGGUAGAAGAAGUACGUCACUUCAGCCCCCGGGGCAAGUUCAAGGUGAUCGCUCUAACCGUGUUGGCUUCAGUGCGGAUCUACUACCAGUACCACCGGGUGAAGCCCGUGACCCGGGAGAUCGUCAUCCAUGACCCUUAUGCCCUCCGGCCUCUGCGCCGACUCAUUGAUGCCUAUGCUUUCCGAAUCUACGGCCACUGGGUGAAGAAGGGCCAGCAGCAGAAUCGGGCCGCCCUCUUUGAGAACACACCCAAGGCUGUGCUUCUCUCCCUGGCUGAGGAGGACUACUGAGGGGCUGGCACGAGGGGUAGGUAGGUGCAGGCCAGCAGGGAGAAAAAGCCACAGAAAUGUAGCUGAAGGAGUGAGAUCAUUUCCGGCCUCUGUCCAGAGGGGACACUUGGCCCUGGCCAGAACCCUUGGAAUUGGGGCCACUAUCCCCUUUCAGAGGCUCUGCACAAGAAGAGGAGGGUGCUCCCAUUACACCAUGGGAGGUGCAGUGAGGGCCAGGCCCCAUAGAGUGGGAACUAGAUGUGGUUUGAGAGUCAGGAGCACUUCUGCUUCUCCACUUCCCAGCUGUACCACCAGCUUAGUUUCUCCUCAAGGGCGACCCAGAGUUCCCGACACUCAGAUGCACUUCCCUUAGGGUCCUAGGGUGAGGUCGAGAUACAUAAUCACAGGAGAUUUUACUGAUUUCAUGACAUCUAGUGCCACCAAGGGAGCACAUUCUUCUCUGGGAACAUGUGUUUGGAGGCAUAUGGAAGGCAUAUUAAUAGAAAGGGAAGCUUCUGGUAUUUGUCUUUAUGGAGUUAUUUACUUUCUGACUCA